UUUUCGAGGUGAUAAAUUGAGAAAGUAUAUUCAUGUAAAAACUAAAGAAGAAUUUGCUUUUAAAACUGUAGAAAAGGGUCAUUUUAAUAUGGUUAAAAAUCAAGUCACAAUACUUAAAAAACUUAAAGAUUGUCAAAAUAUUAUUCACUUCUAUGGUAUUACUGAUGGAAGUGAUAAAUAUUAUUUAGUAACUGAAUGGGCGGAACAUAAAAAUUUACGUGAAUAUCUCUCAGGCAGUGAACCAAAUAGUGCAAUUAAAGUGAGGUUAGGAUUUGCUUAUGAUAUAGCUAAAGGGUUGAAUUUCCUUAAUGCUGUUAAGAUCGUUCAUCGAGAUAUUAGAUCCGAAAAUAUCGUAAUUACAGAUCGUUAUAUUGCGAAAAUAACAAAUUUUAAAGUAAGUAGAGGAAUUGAAGCAGCUACAAAUAAUCUAGCAGUGGAUAAAGAAUGUGUUCGACAUAGUUCUCCUGAAAUGUUGAGAAGAGGAAUGACAGGAGAAGUAAUGGAUACGAAAAGAAAAUAUGAUACUAAAUGCGAAGUUUACAGUUUUGGCAUUCUUCUUUGGGAAAUCGCCGAAUGUAGAACUCCAUAUUCACAAUACGAAGACUUUAUGGAAAUAACACAAAAAGUAAUAGACGGGUAUAGAGAACCGUUUACACCCAAUACUGGUAUUCCAGAAAGAUAUCAAGAACUUGUGACUAGCGCUGUUGAUCAAAAUCCAGGUCUUCGACCUAUAUUUUCAAAGAUGUUAACGGCUCUUCAGGAUAUUUUUCACAGUUAUGAUGCUGAAAGUCCCGCGAGUCGUCCCGUAUCCAUCAAAAAACGUGUUCCAGUGCGAAAAGAUACUGCAUUGUUCAAUUGGGGUUCGUUUAAUUAUUUGACGAUUGACAAAGCAGUUGAGGAACAUAAAAAAGGUACCAUGGAUAAGAGUAUAAUUUACAAAUGCUUUGAUGCUUAUGCUAAUAUGGGUAAUCCAAAGGCAAAAUAUUAUAAGGCUUAUUAUAUUUCAAAAGGUUGGUCUGACCUUAUAUGUUCUCAAGGAGAGAGAUAUAAAAUUACUGCCAAUCUUUACAAGGAAGCUGCAGACCGUGGUGAUGAAUAUCCUGAUGCGCAACUUCGUUAUGCAUUAAUGGCUAUGCAAGGAAAAGGCGUUGAAAAAGAUAUGGAUGUAGCGAUCGAAUAUCUUCUUAAAGCCGCUAAUAAUGAUCAUCUUGUAGCUAUGUUUAAUGUAGCUACUUAUUACUUCGCGAACAAUAAUAAUGAAAUGGGUAAAUAUUAUAUGAUAAUGGCUGCUAGUAAAAAAUACGAGGAAGCAAUAAAUUAUUGUAAAGUGAACAAUAUAAAUAUGUAAAUUAUUUUUUAUUUUUUUAUUUUUCCUUUUAUAUUAUAUAUAUUAUAUGUUGUAUAUUACUUUAGUUACUUUUUGGAUUAUAUA